CGAAUCUAUCUCGUUCGACACGCGCAAGCCGAUCAUAACGUCGACUUUGACAAUCAUAGUUUUCCAGAUGCGGCCUUAACACCUACCGGCAAAGAACAAUGCAUCGGAUUGAAUGAAAGGACUUCAAUGAACAUACAGAAAUCUGCCCAACUCCUAGUAACAUCCCCCUUACGACGCACGCUUCAGACAACCUUGAUAGGCUUCCCCCAACUCAUACAUAAACUAGGUGGUCGCAGUGCCAUUAUUGCGCUGCCACAACUUCAAGAGAACGGAUGUUCGCCUGCCGAUACAGGUAGCUCACGUUCGGAGCUGGAGGGGGACAAGGAAUUUGAGGGUAUCGACUUUAGUCUGCUAGCUGACGGAUGGAAUUCCAAAUCUGGCGUCUGGUCAUCCGACAAGCAUUCCUUGAAACACCGAGCGGGAUGGACGCGGACGUGGCUUGCUGCGCGACCCGAAGAAGAAAUUGUCGUCGUCUCUCACGGCGGUGCAUUGAGAUAUAUAACG